UACACAAAUGCACAACAUUUUGUCGAAGUUGACAUGCAUGCCAUGCAUCUAUAUCAAUCUGUGUUGUUGAUGAAAUCAUAUGAUAUUAACUAUGGAUUUUGAUAUUAGUGAUGAAACGUCAACAAGUGUACAAAAAUGUAUGUAUUUCUUUCGGUCUCCACUCCGGGCAAGAGUUUAAAUUACAUCCAUCAGGAAACAUCACACUUCUACACUUUAAACAGUGGCUGAUUUGUUCAGCACAGCAACAUAGAAAAUGCCCAUUCAAGCUCCGCAGUGGACAGAGUUUCUCUCAUGCCCAGUUUGCUUCAAUGAUUUUGAUGAAAAUGUUCGGCGACCUAUCAGCCUUGGUUGCGGUCAUACAGUUUGUAAGAUGUGCUUGAGACAGCUCCAUCAAAAACAGUGCCCAUUUGACCAAACAGAAAUUGGACGUGAUAUUGAAGAACUGCCUGCAAACUAUGCCUUGUUACAGCUGGUUGGUGCAGAGAUUGGUGGACAUCAACAAGAACAGUUACCCAAUUCUAUUAUCAGUGGGUAUUUAAGGAACUAUGCUGCUGCGAAAAGCUGUGUUGAGGAACUUGCAUGGUACCUCCAACCCUUAGGAAAAGCUGGAUUGAGCAACAGUGGCACUACUUCUUCUUGUACUGCUAGUUGUGUCUUGAGUAAACCUAUGCAGCGAAAGUUAGUUGCAUUGGUGAAUUGUCAGUUAGUUGAGGAGGAGGGGCGAUCACGUGCCAUGCGAGCAGCAAGAUCACUUGGAGAACGUACUGUUACAGAAUUGAUUUUACAGCAUCAGAAUCAACAACAACUAUCUGCUAAUCUUUGGGCAGCAGUCCGUGCAAGAGGAUGUCAGUUUCUUGGACCAGCAAUGCAGGAGGAAACUUUGAAGCUAGUCCUACUAGCCUUGGAGGAUGGAGCAGCUUUAUCUCGAAAGGUGCUUGUUAUGUUUGUUGUACAGAAACUUGAGCAACAGUUUCCUCAAGCAUCAAAGACAAGUGUAGGACAUGUAGUGCAGCUCCUGUAUCGAGCUUCUUGCUUCAAGGUUACAAAACGAGAUGAGGAGUCGUCACUUAUGCAGCUCAAGGAUGAGGUACAGUAGUGCAUUAUUAAGGGAAUAAAAGGGUAGCGACACGUUGUUACAUGGCCGGGUUUUUUGCCCUAUGAAACUGAAUUAACACAGUCAGCAACAUAUUUUAAGUUAAAACCUUUUAGCAGUACUAUGAAAUUGGGCUGGGGCUUUUGAUUUAUACGUACAGUGUAUACAUGUACACGUACAUGUG